UGUCAAAGGUCGUCAUUUAUAAGAAUCAAGAUGGCGGCGGUGGACGGUUGAAGAAUGAAGUAUCGGGUUUUGGCGGUACUUUUAACUGUAAGAGGGUCUCGGGUUUCUCUUCAUUCGAAGGUGAAUGAAACCCACAGUGCCAUAGUGAUUGUGCCAAACUGGAACAACAAUGAAGCGUGACUCAGCAACACAGGCCAGGAAGCCUGCCAGUGCCAGGAAGCCAGCCUCUGCCCGAGCUGCCCCAUCAGAAAGGUCCAGGAGUGCUGCAGCGCCCCCUGGCAGACAGUCAGCAGACAGCAUCCUGGUGCAGAGGGGGCGGGGGCAGGAGAAUGGAGACGCUGAGCAGAGAAGACAGGAGCCCGGGGUCCGCUACAUCACCGACGUGCUCAUCAGGAAGAUCAGCGGGGAGGAAGACCUGGGGUACAUCACCAAACUCAGUCUCACCCUCACAGGGGACAAGAAGAUCAAGUACAUCGAAAACUUAGAAACCCUACGUCGACUGGAGGUUCUUAUUCUCAACAACAACAUUAUUGAGAAGAUCGAGCGUCUUGAGAAACUUACAAAUCUACGAGAGCUAAGCCUUGCUACAAACAGGAUAAGUGUGAUAGAGGGUUUAGAGACACUGACAAACCUACAGGUGUUGAAUCUAACUGGGAAUAGGAUAGAACAUAUUCCUUCAUGGGUAGGUAAAAGGUUGAAAGCCCUGAGAGUUCUACAGUUAGCGAGGAACCAGUUGUCCUCUCUAUCAGAGGUAGCCAGGUUACGGCCCCUUCCUGAUCUAAUCCAUGUGACCAUAGCUGAGAAUCCUGUCUGUGACAUGCCCCAUGCUCACCUCUACACUGUGUUCUGUCUCAGAAGUCUAGAGAGGUUGGACAGGGCCCAGGUUACAGAUCAGGAAAGGCAAGAGGCUAAGGCUCGGUUUGGGCAAGAAGAGAUCAGGUCACUAGAGAGAUCCCUUGAGCAGAAGGAAAGGGAACUACAGGCCCUCCAAGAUGAACACAACACAACACUUGAAGAGCUACAGGUCAGCACAGGGCGUGAAAAGAGGCUCAGAAAGAGCGGUUCAGAUCAGGACUUCUCUAUACAAGAGCUUGAAAAUCAGCUCGAUGCCAAAGAUGAGAUACUCCAGAGGAAAACUGCUGAGCUAGCACGUGCCUGUCAGAAGCAGUAUGAGUUAGAGCAGGAGCUUGCAUUCUACAAGUUAGACGCCAAGUUUGAACCAAUGAGCUACCGGCCACCACCUGAUGCAGAACUUGGAGAAUCACCAGAAGAAAGCCCCUACAUAGGCAAGGCUCGUUACAAGCGUAACGUGUACGCAGGAGAGAGCUUCAUCCCCAGUGGGGCUCAGCCACUACGCAUGACAGCCAUAGACAUAGAAGAGGCUGACGACGAGGGGACUCGGCGAGUCCACGAGCAACUCCACCACGCCUUAGAUACACAGUUAGGAGAAAAGGAGAGAAAUAUCCAGGAUGCCCAGACACAGCUGACACGACUUCAAGAGGACCUGUACAGGAAGGAGCAACAGAUGAAAGCAGCCGCUGACGAGCUUGCGAGACUGACAGAAGGCAUGCCGUUGGCCCACCUUGCUCAGAAACUCAAACAGGUACAGCAGUUACAAGAAGAGGCAGACAGAAUCGAGCAAGAGAUGGAGAGGCAAAGAGACCUGAUGAGACGACAGCAAGAAGAGAUAGAUGAUCUACGGGCACAGAUGGACGCCCUGGAGGAGGGCAGCCCAGAAAAGGCACACGCAAAGGCAGCGAUGGUCAGCAAGCAGCAGCAGCUGGAUCUAACAAAGGAAGAAUACAAAAAGCUGCAGGAGCAGCUCAACGAUGUGUUGCAGAGGAUUGCUGAUGAGACAGCUGAACUGCAGGACCUUGAGGACGAGUUGAAAGAGGGUCAGCUGCAGGGAAAUGUGGGACUGCAGGCUGAACUGCAGGGGAUCAUCGGAGGACUGCAGGACUAUCUUCAAAACACGAGAAAGAAAGCAGACAAACAGCAGAAGGAGAGAGAGAAGCUUGAAAGAGAGAGAGACGGGCUCCUACACAGAUUGAGGGAGCUUCAAGGAGAGAGAGAAGAGAAGAAUGCAACAAAGAGAAAACUGGCGGAGUUGGAGCAACUUCUUGCUGACCAGGACGAGGAUCACGAUGCUUUGAGACGAGCGAAAAACGAUCUUGACAGACAGAAAGCUGAAGCAGAAGCCAGGCUGAAGGCCUCUCAAGCAGAGAUCGAUAAACUGAGAAGGGAACUUGGUAAGGCCCAUGAUGAAAGUAUGGCAGAGCAGGAAGCUCUUCAACAAGAGCUUGAAGAAAAAGCCAGACAAGCCAGAAACCUCAAAGACAAGGAGACAGAAGCACAGGAACUAGCAGCACAGGUAGCUGCCCUCAGGGCGCGAGAAGCUGCUCUCGCAAAGCAGCUACGUGAUGCCGAACAAGGCCUUCAAGACCUCAUGGAUACCAGUAUCAAUCCAGAAGAUCUCCAACAAAGAGUACAAGAGUUGAAAAAGUAUGUCGAGAGGGGCACAGGAACCCUGAAGCCUCAGAGUGAGAGGGACAGGGUUGGAAAGCUGCUGGGAGACUUACAGAAAUCUCUCAGUGAUGCCCUGGAGAAGAGAGCUAAAGAUGCGGCUGAUGCACGGAGACGGCAGCAACAGGCAGAAGCUGCUAUCAGAGCCCUAGAGGACCAGCUAGCACAGGCCACAGACAGCUACACCCAGAGUGCGAAGGACAUAGCACAGCAGCAGAGGGAUGCCGACGCAGCUCGAGCCAAGGCCAGGCAGCUUGAGUCUGAAAAUAGGAAACUUCAGCAGAAAGUCAGGGACAUGCAGACCCAAGUGGAGGACAAGCUGGCUGAAGCAAAAGCAGAGAUGGACCUCCUGAGAGGCACCAUGGACGAUGCAGAACGCAGAGCCAUGCGGGACAAGGCAAGGGGAAAAUCAGAUCUCAACGACCUUGCCCAACAGCUUGCCGACCUUCAGAGAAAGAUGAGAAACGCAGACUCCCUGGCGAGGCAGCAGAUGGCUGAUGCAGAAUCCAUGGCAAACCUGCGUACAGCGAGGGCUCGAGAAGAACUGGCCACGGCGCAGGACGAGAUUGGGAUGCUCCAGGAUCUUCUUGACGACCUUCGCAACAGGCUUCAGCAGCAGGCACGUCAAGCUGGCGCCAGUCAGAUGGCUCAAGAAGAUCAGGACCGACAAAUCGACAACCUUCUAGCAGCGUUGAGGAACCAACGCAGGGACGCAGACAGGUUAAGGGCCACGUUGGAUAAACUGUCGGACGAAAAUGCUGACGACGUCGCAGCACUGAUGGCAGAAGUGAACGCUCUGAGGGACACCCUCUCACAACAAGCUCAAACAAUUGCGGCGUUAACCACCCCUGCUCCACAAUGGUACUACGUCCCACCUAGGGGGAAGACUGGCGGAUACUGGGUGCCUUCCACCAGUGGGCAAGUUCCAGGAGGCCAGGCUGGGGUGCCGAGUAGUAGUGUGGGAGGCUACUGGGUCCCCACAGCAGGAGGAGGAAGAAGUGGGUACUGGGUUCCAACAACAAGACAACCAGGGAGUCCGAUUAUGAUCAGGUCUCCUGCAGGUCCACCAAGGUUCUAUAGUACCCCCAGGAGAAGGGGUGGGGGAGGAGGAGGAGGAGGAGGUGGGGAUGAAAAUGGAGAUGGAAGUCCACCCAUCUUCUACGCUCCAGCUGGAUCAGUACCUGUGGUAGCACCUCCCGGGUAUGAAGCUGUUGUCUCACAGCCAGUAGAAGGUGAUUCACCCCUGGUGUGUAAUGUACCAGAACACCACGACCUCGAGGAUGAACUAGCAAGGAUGAACAAACUACUGUCCAAGUACAAGACGGAGAAGAAGCGAAGAAAGUCUGAGAUCGAAGCUCUUGACCUUGCACUCACACAGAAGGAAGAACACCUCCGUGAGCUUGAAGAUGAAAACGAAGAACAAGACAGACAGCUGAAAGAAACAGCCAAACGAUUGAAAGAAAAAUCAAAGAGUGCCAAGUUAGAUGAUGAGUUUGUGGAGGCUGCCUUGGAUCAGCACAGGCAGCUGGUAGAAGAAAUAGCUUGUGUAGAAGAGACACUUUCAAAACGUAGAGCAGAGUUACGGGAGUCUGACCGUCUCUUACAGCAGUGUCGGGAAGACUUGACAAGAACAAAUGCAGAGGCAGGGGACACGAUAAGGCGAUAUGAUGAAGCACAGGCCAACCUCGGUACCACAGAAGAAGACGUAAGGGAACUCGAAAAGAGGGCAAAGGAGACAGGAAACGAUUUACUUGAUGCACAGGACAAGCUGACAGAAUUGCAAGAGGACAUCCUACAUGCAGAAAAGAAGAGAGCAGGCCUGGAGCAGGACAUAGAAGACAUCAAAAGGGUCAUAGUUCAGAGAGAUGCAGAAUUCCAGGCUCUUGACACCAAGACUAGAAGGUUAACGGAAACUCUGCAAGACCUAGAAGCACAGGUUGUGAUCACAGAAGAAAAAGAAGCCGAAAGGCACAGAGCCUUGAAGGAUGUUGAAAGAGUUCUUGCAGAACGAAAGGCUGAGCUAGGCAGGCUGAAAGGACAGGUGGAAGUCAAGCAAGGAGAACUGGAGGAUCUAGAUAAGGAUCUUGGACACAAACAAACACAUAUUCAACUAUUAGAGGAAAAGAUAUCUGCCACCAAGGCUGAGCUGGCUUCAGCAAGUAAAGAACGGGACACGGUGUUAGUAGAGACACAGAGGGAAGUCAAGGAGUUCCAGGACCUGUUAGAGGACCUUCGCGCAGAGAGUCAGGACCUUGACACAGUCGUGAAAGACAGAAAAGCAGAGCUGACAGAAAUAAAACAGGAAAUUAACGACAAGGAAAACGACCUUGAUGCUGUUACGACAAGGAUGGAGCGCUGUGUUGUGGAGUACAGGCAAGCUCAAGAAACCUUGAAAAGGGAAAGAGCCGACCUCGACUUGGCAAAGCAGCAAGUACGAGACAAAACACUGGAAGCUGACCAGUUGGAAGCACUCAUACAAGAGGAGAAAGCACGUCUAGAGCAAGUUCAGAACAAGAACAAGCGGAAACAAUCAGAGGUGCAGAGGUUAGAUGAACAGCUAAAAGAGCAACAGCAAGAGUAUGACUAUCUAUGUGAACAGCAAAGAACUCUGCAGGCAAAUGUCAAAACAUUGUCAGAUGAGAAGACCAUGUUGCAGGAAUCGCGUGACGGGCUGAUCACCAAGACCAGGGAAUCAAAACAUCGUCUGGGAGAAACCGAACAACAGCUGAGAACAGCAGAAGACCAGCUGGAACGACUACAGAGGGACGUAAGACAGGAGGAAGGAGAUCUGGUCAAACUGAAGAAAAAGGUGUCCUCUGCAAGGGAAGAGGACAGAAUCAUACAAGACAGCCUCCAACAUGCGAAAAAGCAGCUGUCGGCCAUGAAAGAUGACCUGAACGAAAUCGAAGACAAGUUGAGCACUGCAGAAGAAAAGUUGCGUAAAGCUGUGAGCGACAGGGAGGAGACUCUAUCAGAUCUGAGAAGGCUUAACGAGGCGGUCAGAAACUCCAGACUAGCAUACGAUCAAGCUUCCCAAAAGGAGCGAGAACUACAGGACAAUGUAAGCAGGCAAGAGAGGAAGCUAGACAGUGACAGGGAUGACUUACAACGGAUUCAAAGUGUAAGAGGACAGACUGCAUCUGAACUUGACCUUAUAGGAAAUGAGGUCAUUCGAAAACGCCAGGAGUUCGACCACCUUCAAGCACAGAUAACGCAGAUGCAGCAUACAGAAGAGAAGUGUACACAACUAGACCACCAAGUAAGCAUCAUGAGUGCACAGCUGGCAGCUCAGCAAGGAGAAUUAAAGAACAGGGACGAGGAAAAAACAGAGUUAGCUCAAGCCCUAACCUCCUGCCAGGCCGAACUGGAAACACUCAGAGAAAACUCAAAACGGGAGCAAAUCACCCUAAACAGUAAAAUCAGGGAACACCAGGAAGAGAUAAGAAAAUUGAAGAGAAAACUUCAGAAAACACAGAGCGAGUUUGAAGGGGAAAGAAAGGCUUUGAAUGAGGAGAUUGAGAAGCUGGAAAGCUUUGGGAAGAAGCAGCUUGACCAGGCAGGAAGGAUGGGGGAAGAGUUGAUGGCGUUGAGACAGGAACAUAACAGGCUUCAGCAAGAGCAGGAACUGCAACAGGACUUGAAAAACAUUGCUGAAAUGGGACAGAGAUCGCUCGCUAAGUCACCCACACCAAAGAAGCGUCGCACGGUCAGAAUAGCCGCCCCAGGAGAAGAGGCCGAGAGGAUAGCGAAGGAGCAGGAGAACCUGAAACAACAGCUUCGUCAGCAGAUGUCACGUCGUGCACGCGCGCUGGAGGGAGAGCGGUUCCGUAACCGGGACCAGCUCAACGUUCUACGGGAAAGGGUACGCAACCUAGAAGACUACGUGAGCAAUACUUCAGCAGACUCGUCAAUGGCUGAUGUGUCAGGGUUUACCUCGUACAAUAAUUCUGGACUGGGGCACUCUCAGGGACAUUGAGGAACACAGGUUUACGCAUUCAUAUGCCACUGACAUGGGGUCAGUCCUUUGAUCUCUUACCCUUCAGAAUAUUCUGGCACCGGUGCCCAUUUAAACUUCUGCCCCACCAGACAUCAUCAAUUAGUUUGAGUGUUGAAUUUUUUUCAGAAGUAGGGAUCAAGCCAGGUUACAAGGCUGUUAGACAGGGCAGUACAGCUCAGAUCCAAUCAGGACUGUUGCCAAUAUUUUUCAGGCAAAUAUUCAAAUGUCAAACAAAACCAGAGCAAGGCUAUUCUGUGGCAAGAAAAGUAGUGAUUUGGUGUUUCCCAUGUUUUCAGUAUUAUUUAUAUUUUAAACAGUUUCUACAUGACUGCAAGAGUAGAUAUAGCUGUUACUACCAGAAAAGAUUUGUUACUUGUUUUUCUGUAGGAUAGGAUUGUUAUAGUGUAUGCAGUGAGACAUAUUUUUG